AUCUAAAUUGCUGCGUAAAAGCACAAGCCAAGAUUAAAUCUGCAUCUUGAUUCAUGCUGAUUAAAGCAAUGCAUUCAGGAGGGCAAUUUGCACUCCUCUCAUCUCAUUGGUGGACUGGGAAGAGGGAUAUUGAGGAUAUGCCGCCAGUGAAGAAUAUGAAAGGAGCCGUGUGCCGCUGGGUGUCUCAACCCCUGUGUCCAUGUAAGGGGGCAAAGUUAAUGAGACCCUUGAGGCAAAAGGAUAAUAUCAACUAGAGGACCCCACAGGCGUAGUACUACUACUCAGGACACACAAAGCAGUUGAGUGCACAAGGCCAUGAUCUGUUUGACUGACAGCAAGUGAAAGACAACACUGCAUGCGGAUGAGGAAGUGUGUCUUGUCAGCUUUCCCCUGUGUAGCUGCGAACGCCCACAGCAGCCAGCAGCAGACAACAAAGAGCUUCUACCUGAGGCACAGAUCACCUACGAGGAGAGAGAAGAAGCACACCUGUUGUUUACGACGGUUAUCUUCAAUCAGCAAAAAAGAUGGCGCACAGAGGCAGCGUGAGACCUUUCGUCAACUUCAACGCCAAACAUGAUGCUGAAAUUCUCCACAAAGCCAUGAAAGGAAUCGGUACGGAUGAAGAUGCGAUCCUCAUGCUCCUGACCGCUCGCAGCAACGAUCAACGCCAGCAAAUUAAGGCAGCGUACAAGAAGGCCUACGGAAAGGACUUGGUCAGCGCUCUGAAAUCAGAGCUUGGUGGGCUGUUUGAGAGUCUGAUCGUGGCCCUGAUGACCCCAUCUACCUUAUAUGAUGCUUCCCAACUGCACAAGGCUCUCAAGGGUGCUGGGACUGAUGACGACGUGCUGAUUGAGAUCCUGGCCUCCAGGACCGACGAGCAGAUUAAAGACAUUGUCAAAGCAUACAAGAAAGAGUUCAGCAGUAAGCUGGAGAAGGAUAUCUGCGGUGACACCUCGGGGCACUAUCAGAAGCUGCUGGUGAUCCUCGUGCAGGGGAGCAGGGAGGAGGGAGUAGAUGAGGAGAAGAUCGAGAAAGACGCAAAGGACUUGUAUGCUGCUGGUGAGGGCAAGUUUGGCACAGAUGAGGAAAAAUUCAUCACAAUUCUUGGCAACAGGAGCGCAGAGCAUCUCAGAAAGGUGUUCGAUGUCUACAAGAAGAUCUCUGGCUCUGAUAUCGAGGAGAGCGUCAAAGGAGAGACCACUGGAAAUCUGGAGAACUUACUAGUGGCUGUUGUGAAAUGUGUCAGGAGUGUCCCCGAGUUUUUCGCUGAAGGCCUGUACAGAUCUAUGAGGCGUGCUGGAACUGAUGACGACACCCUGAUGAGAAUAAUGGUGUCGAGGAGCGAGGUGGACAUGUUGGACAUCAGAGCCAGCUUCAAAAAGAAGUAUGGAGCGUCUCUUUACACCACCAUCCAGGAGGACACAGCUGGGGACUACCAGAAGGCUUUACUCUACCUCUGUGGCGGGAAUGAUUAAUGCUGAUAUGACUUGUUUAGUAGCGCUGACUGAUGAGCCGCUGUGGGCUGCCAGACAGAGCUGCACGUGAGAUGAGGUUAUUGAUCCAGAGUUGUUCAUUCUUUCUGACUUUAGCUUGCUAUUGAUUGAAUUAGUGUGAAUUACCUACUUGUCAUUUUGGACUUAUGACAGUAUACCUCUGCAUGAUCAACAAUUAGAGUGCACUGCCUUAAAAGAUAUUUAUUUCUAUUUAAUAUUAGUCAAAUGAGUCCAUGUACAAGGUAGCUAUGUUUGAAAUAAUUAGGCUACUUUGUUAAACACUGAAAUGUUUUUUGCUGUGGCCCUGUUUAUUGUCAGAUUUACACACAAUGUUAGCGGUUGUUUUUAGUGCUCGCAGCAUGUGUUAAAUGCAUCUUAGAAAAUACAAUACUGCUGCUGAAUUAUUAAACGCUACAU